GAGAGAGAGGGAGACGGGAGAGAGGGAGGGAGAGAGAGAUUUCUAGGGUUUGAUUUCUUUAGGAAGAUCGGAUUAUCGGAUUCUCGGUCUAUUCGAUCUUUCUUUCAUCUGAAUUUCUUGUUGUUUUCGAUUCUUUUUUUGGUUCUUUUUCCUCCAGCGAUUUGGAGAAGAUAUGUUUUGAUCUUACAGAAUUUCUAUCAGAUGUGUUUUUGGGUUUAAGAUUGAACGAUUCUUCGUUUCUCACACUUGUCUUUUCAAAAUUUCAAAGAAAAUUCAAGAACUAAAGGUUUCGGAGGCUUCGAUUUGAGGAGUUUUUUGUGGAGUUUGAUUUUACAGAAAAGAGAAAAGGAAGGAAUUUCAUUUUAUUUUGUAUUUUGUAUUUUGAGUAGGCUCUUUAGGAAUUUAGAUAUUAAGAAGGGAAAAAGUUCAGAUUUUUUUCUGGCUUGUUUGUGUUUGAAUUUUUUCACUGGCAGUGUUGGUCUUUGUAUGGUUUUUUAUUUUCUAAUUACCUUCAUGCCACUUUUAGAUUGAUUUGCAGGUUUUAAACAGAUUUCCAGCCAAAAAAGAAACUUGUUUUUACUAUAAUGUUCAGGGAAAUGCUCAAACUAUAAUUUCGCAGCUCGAAUUUCAGAAUUUUAUAUUAUUUUUUUCUGGUUCUUGCUAGCAAUCUCAUCUUGUUAGAAUCAGUUUCUUUCUUUCUUUAUCUUGUAUCAUUUUUUUUAUUUUAUUGAUUUUUUUAAUCUUUCCUGAAUCGCCAUGUUUUGGUUUUAAUACAGGAAUUAAUUGCAAUUCUUUUGAAAACUGAUUCUGUUGGAAUCCUCUAUCAGGAGAUUUUGUCCUACUCUUCUUCAAUCCUUGAAAACUGUUGCUUUAAUCGGAAAAUGGCUACGGCCUUCAGUCGCCUUUCUUGGUGGUUGUGGGGUGGGAAAGAUCAAGAACCAACUGGUUCUUCUGGUUCCUCUUUGAAUGCUUCGUUGGAUUUAGGUUUAGGUCUGCGGGAGCAUGAAUCUGUGAAGUUCCCUUCUGUUAAGGGAACUAAGAUGAGGUCUCCAUCGCGAAGGGUUAAGAGGAAGUGGCAGAGCCGGGAAGAACGGAGAAUUGAUAGAGAAUACGAUUUGGUUCUGGUGCCCUCUGAUGGAGGAUGCUGGUCGGGAUCGGAAUCAGAUGGUUCCGAUUGGUCGAUCGGGUGGUUGGAACCUCAUGCACCGGAUUUUUUGAGUGAUGAUGAAAAAGAGAACAGUUUCGCUGUCUUGGUCCCAUGCUAUGGGCAUGGCUGCAACGAGCUCGCAGAGAGCCCAAAGAACCAUGUUUUGGUUGCCUUUUUAUCUGCAAACCUCCCGGAGAGCAAGAAGUCUUUAGAAGAAUUGCUGUCCUCCCUUCAGAAUAGCUGAGUUCCUGACUAACUGAUUGUCAGCUUGGCCCUUGAAAAUUAUUACUUUUUCAUAUGUUGAAGAUCUUAAACUGUUAAGAAAACAGAAAACAAAAAAUGGGAAAAAGAAACAGCAUCUGAGAUCCCAACUGGCUAAACUCAUCCAGAAUGGCCAGCAGUGUGCAAGGAAGAAACAGCUUCUAAUGGAUUUGGAGCGAUUCCAGACGAGAUGUUAAACGAGACCAUUUGUUUUUAAUGGAAGGAAAGUGCCGGAUACUUCUUAUA